CUGGAGGCAGCCAUCCGAAACGUAGGAGUAAAAGGGCUUUUAGACUAUAACACCAGUCAGCUAGCCGCCUAUGCGGAUGAUAUCGUUAUCACAAGCAGGUCUCAAAGCAGCAUGAUCAGACACACCACAACUCUCCAGAAGGAAGCGGCAAAGUAUGGAUUGAUGGUUAACGCAAUCAAAACGAAGUACCUUCAUAGCACGCGCAACCCUCGUCCACUACAGGAUGUCACCAUUGGAGAUGAUACAAUUGAAGGAGUCAGCAUCUUUAAGUACCUGGGGUCGAUACUGUCCAGCCGGAAUAGGGUUGGAGAUGAGGUGAAUGCCAGAAUCAUGGCUGGCAGUAGAUGCUUUUACUCUCUCAGCAAACAUUUCCGAUCAAAAUAUCUUAGUGCAAAAUCCAAGCUGUCUAUCUAUAAGACCAUAAUACGCCCCGUUACCACCUAUGGGUGUGAAGCAUGGUCACUAACAGCUUUGGAAACCCAAAAGCUCGCCGUGUUUGAGAGGAAAGUUCUGCGCAAAGUGUUUGGGCCAGUGAAAGACGCAGACGGUGACUACCGUAUACGCAUGAAUCACGAGCUGGAGGCACUCAUGAACCGAGAAACAAUCGUCCGAUUCAUCAAGUCACAGCGUCUGAGAUGGGCUGGGCACGUAGAGAGGAUGGGCAAAAACAGGGCACCCAAGAUUAUGACCGACUGGAAGCCGCAGCAAAAGAGACCUAGAGGAAGGCCGAGAAAGAGAUGGUGCGACUGCAUCGAAGAUGAUCUCAAGGCUCUGAAAUGUUUUAUGAACUGGAGAAGGACAGCCAAGGAUCGUCGCGCAUGGCAGUCUAUUGUGGAAGAGGCCAAGACCCACAAAGGGUUGUGGCGCCGAAGAAAGUGA